GUCAACUUUCAUUGUUGUUUGUUAUUGUACACUUUACCCUACUUUGUUUACAACGGAUGGUUAACUAAAAUCGUCUGAUUUGUGAAGAAACUUAAUCUGAGUAUAUUUUAAGCUCCGUGCUCCUCUGAUCCCUGAAAGCUAUAAAAAUGUUGAUUUCCUGCCACAGUUGUAAGAUAAGAAAUCCGAGAUGUUUCACAAGUGUGAAAACUCCCUCCUCCUCAUUUGACAAUGUCAGAUUAUGCUGAACGUAUCCGGAGCAGGAUGUCUGGAUCUCCAGAUCAUAUUCCUCAGUCCUACCCUCCCAUAGGAUCAAUUUCUGGGAGCCUUGAUCCUCCUAGAGCUAUCACAGAGGGAUCCAACAAAAGACAGUUCUUGGCAGCUUUCGCAGCAACUAUGGGAAACCUUGUGAUGGGAACAUGCAUAGCUUGGUCAGGUUCAGCGCUCCCAGGUCUCAAACUACCUGCAGCUCAGGACGGAUUUGAAGUCACUGAAUCAGAGGGGAGUUGGAUCGGUAGUUUACUCCCCCUGGGAGCCCUACUAGGAGCACCACUAGGAGGUUAUCUCAGUUCCAGGUUUGGUAAGAAGGGGGCAAUGUUCCUAGACGCAGGAUUCUUCUCUGUUGGAUAUCUGAUUCUAGCUGUAGCUCCGGUAACCUGGACCCUAUAUAUUGGUAGGUUUGUAUGUGGAAUAGCUACUGGAAUAUCCUGCACUACCUGCCCAAUAUAUGUAGCAGAAAUUUCAACUCCCAAUUACCGCGGGCUCCUGGGUUCAGGAAUGCAGGUUAUGGUUGUUUUAGGAGUUCUCCUAUCUAUCUCUGUUGGAGCAGUUCUAUCCUGGAGAUGGCUGUCUAUAGUAUGUCUAGCCGCAGUGCUCCUCUGGUCAGUUCUUCUAUUCCUGGUACCAGAAACUCCAGCUCAGCAUAUAAUGGACAAGAAGUAUAGAGAAGCUCGAGAGUCCCUGGAAUGGUUGAGAGAAACUAUCUAUGUCGAAGCGGAGUAUGAAGAAAUUCAACAAAGUGUUGAGGAUGGAAUAUCCAGGUCUGGAGGAAUACAAGAUCUGAUUAAGUCGGAGAAUCUUGCUCCGCUCAUCAUUUCUCUAGUUUUGAUGUUUGGUCAGCAGAUGAGCGGGAUGAAUGCAGUUCUAUUUUACGUUGUGGAUAUAUUCACUGCUGCAGGGAGCAGUAUUCCACCCUCUAUUGAGUCAAUUAUAGUCGCUCUAGUUCAAGUAGUUGCAACCAUACUCGGAGCAAUCUUCAUGGACAAACUUGGAAGAAGAUUUCUCCUCAUUUUUUCUUCUCUUGUCAUGGUGAUAUCUAUAUCCUCUGUAGGUGCUUACUUCUAUAUCAAGGAUAACCUCGGAGAUACAGAUCUAGCGACGAAACUUCAAAUCCUUCCUGUCGCGUCUCUAUCCAUCUUUGUGUUCGCCUUCAGUGUUGGAUUUGGACCAAUACCUUGGCUCAUGACCGCAGAAAUAUUCUCCCCCGAGGUUCGAGGUCCAGCAUCAUCUAUAGCGACUGCGUUCAAUUGGGCCCUAGCAUUCAUUGUUACCAAGUUCUUUUCCAACCUUGUUUCUGCGAUCUCGGAAGCAUUCUCAUUCUGGGUCUUCGGAUCUCUCACUGCACUCGUUCUAUUGUUCUGCGUUCUUUUUGUUCCAGAAACUAAAGGAAAAAGUUUAGAUAGUAUCCAGAGUAUGUUCCGGUCUGGUUCUCCGUACUUCCUGGAGAUAGGAGUGUGGAAGCUGUGUAGGAGAAGAAGUAGACCCGACCAAGUUCUUCUAGUUGAGGAGGAGUAUUAAAACCUUGAGAUUGAGAUUAUUAUUCUCAGAUCUGAUUUGUGCAACGCUCUGUGAUAGUCAUAAAUUUUUCUCUUUCAUUGUUAUUAUUUAAGUAAUAAAAUUUUUCUCAACCAUA